AUGGAGACGGGCAUCUUUCUUUGCAAUAGCUAUUACGAGCCAAUGAACGGUAAGCAGCAGCCAGCCUUGGCGCGUGGUAACGCCAAGAUCUCAGUGAGCGAAGAGUUCGGUGUCAUGGAGGCCCCGCCACGAACCUACGCGCAAUACGGAUACGGGCCGAAAGUACGCAGAAGCCGCGGGAGGCACACUUUGGUCGUAGUGGCUCUCAUUGACUAA